AUGGAGAAGAAGGCCAUGCAAGUCGGGAGCCAGACAGGGAACGCCCGAUCGGACUUUGUCGCGGCUGCCGAUGAUGCCAACAACAAGGAGCACAGUCUUACCUUCGCUCAAGCUGUCAAACUCUACCCAAAGGCCAUCGCAUGGAGUGUCAUGAUGUCUGGCGCUCUGAUAAUGGAUGGAUACGAUCUCAAGCUCAUCGGGAGUCUGUUUGCUCAGCCUGCCUUCCAGAAGGCCUACGGCCACAUUCAGCCCAACGGCUCCUACCAGAUCCCAGCGCCGUGGCAGUCGGGCUUGACUAACGGCAGCAAUGUCGGGCAGCUGUUCGGUCUCGUCAUUGCUGGGUAUAUUGUGGAGAAGAUCGGAUUCCGGAAGACCAUGAUGCUUGCUCUAGCGGUGCUACCUUGUCUGAUAUUCAUCCAAUUCUUUGCUCACGCCUUGCCACAACUUCAGGCUGGGCAGGUAGUGAUCGGCAUGCCAUUGGGCAUAUUUCAGACCGUGACAUGCGUAUAUGCUGUUGAGGUCCUACCGACCGCUCUGCGCGGACAUCUGACCGCCUACGUCAACGCAUGCUGGCUGUUCGGUCAACUAAUCGCAUCGGGGACGCUCAGAGGAACUUUGAACAUGUCGGCGCCUUGGGCUUACAGAGUGCCCUUUGCUGUCCAGUGGGUCUGGCCUAUACCACUCUUCCUGGCAACAUACCUGGCGCCGGAAAGCCCGUGGUGGCUUGUCCGACAGAACCGUAUUGAAGAAGCCAAAGCCUCGGUCCGUCGCCUCACGUCGGACCAACGAAAUUCAGCCUUCGAUAUUGACAAAAACGUUGCGUUGAUGGUCUUCACCACCGAGCAUGAACGUGAGAUCGACUCCGACGCAACCUAUAUCGCCUGUUUUAGAGCAUAUUUCUUGCAGCAAGCCGGCCUGCCAGUUGAUCAGGCAUUCAACAUGUCCAUAGUGGGAUACGCACUGGGCAUCGCUGGAGUCGCCACUGCAUGGGUAUUGAUGCCGCACAUUGGCAGGCGUACUCUAUUCCUCUGGGGAUUCGUCGCCAUGGUCGUCAUCAUGCUUCUAGUUGGUGGACUCGGAAUUGCUCAGCACUCAUCUUCAGCCUCGAGCGAUCUGCCAUGGGGCAUCGGGGCGUUGUUGCUCAUCUCACUCUUUAUUGCCAAUGCUGGUGUUACGCCGAUAUCGUACGCAUUGGUCUCGGAGCUCCCUUCCUCGAUACUUCGCAGUAAGUCGGUGGUCUUGUCCCGUUUCACAUACGCAGUGAUCAACAUUGUGGCGAAUGUCAUCACGCCAUACCAGCUGAACCCAUCGGCGUGGAACUGGGGAGCCCGUAGCGGCUUCUUCUGGGCUGGCUCAGCGGCUAUAGGAUGGAUCUUUGUGUUCUUCUGCGUGCCUGAACCGAAGGGAAGGACUGUGGCAGAGCUAGAUGUACUCUUCGAAAGGAAGGUCUCGGCAAGGAAGUUCGCCAAGACGAGUUUGUCACUGGUCGAAGCUACGGAAGUCAAAGGCGCGGUCUGA